UCUUCUCGCAGAUCCCAAAAUGCUGGUCGUCUCCCUCACCAGUCUCUGAGGACGAACCUCGAAAACCAUUGAUGUCUGAACUCAGCUCACCUCAAUCUGCAUGAAAUUCCUCCUCUUUCUGCAGCUCGCGCUGUCGUUCUGAGAUCACAUCACCGGUGAGGCUUCAUCUCCGAGCUCAUACAUGAGAUUUUCUGUCGUGGUUACUCCUCCCUGACCCGUUAUGCCAUCAUUUCGUUGCUCUGCAUUUCUCUCCGGGCUGUUCUUGAUUUCCGAUUUUUCCUUCAUCAGUCAUGUGAGUGAUACCUCAAAGACGGAAGCUCUGUGAUUCCCGGUGCUGUAAUUGCAUCGGCUCCUCAUUAGAAUCACACCCAUUUGGCUGAUGCCCCUGAAUCUCGAUCCCGCCAAUGCUUGGCCGCCAUUCUCUUGCAAAACCCUGAUCCUUGAAUCGACCCUAACAUGAACAUUCAUUCGUACCCGCCCAACAGCCCCAAAUCGUUUCCUGCAUAUCCCAGGCGCGACUUGGACUUGGAAUCAGGAUUAGGCACGAUCAGGAGGCCGCGGAAGCAGAAAAGUUCGAAUCUUUGCUCUGAUUCUGUCAAAAUGCUCAAAUCUCUCGGUGCCCGAAUCCAGUACUAUUACAAGCUCCAUCCUUUGCUAUUCUUCACCAUUUCGUUGUGCUUCGGGGUGGCGGUUCUGAUAAUUCUGUCGAUCUACGAGUUCCAAUAUAGGACCGUGGCUGACUAUAGGAGACUGAAUCUGGGUUUUGAUAAAUACCCGUUCGCUAAGCUUGAGAACCUCGUGAUGGUGGCUGGGCAUUCUGUGUAUACGAGUAACAGUUGUGGGAAGGUGGAUAAGGAGGAUUCUUGGGUUUUGGAGUCUUAUCAGAAGCACCCGGGACAAGCUGCUACGUUUGUGACCCAUAUAAAGGAAGGCGUUGAAAUUGUGGCAAAAGAUGAUGCUGCUUUGCUUCUAUUUAGUGGCGGAGAGACCCGGAAGGAUGCUGGCCCUCGAAGUGAAGCCCAGAGUUAUUGGGCCGUCGCUGAAUCGAAGGGAUGGUUCGGUAACAAAGAGACUGUGCGGUGGAGGGCACUGACUGAAGAGCAUGCCCGAGACAGCUUUGAGAAUCUUCUCUUCAGCGUGUGCCGCUUCCGGGAGCUCACUGGCACAUAUCCAACUAACAUAACCGUUGUGAGCUAUGAUUUCAAAGAGGAUAGAUUUGCGGGUCUACACCGAUCUGCUCUUAGGUUCCCGGAGUCGAGGUUCUUCUAUUGGGGCACACCGGCUUCAUCUACUGCAAGAGAAGCCGCUCUCAAAGGAGAGGCUCUCGUGCGUCAACAGUUUCAAGAAGAUCCUUAUGGUUGUCGAGGUUCAUUGCACCGGAAAAAGCUAGGGCGGGACCCUUUUCAUCGGUCCAUCCCAUACCCUAAUGGUUGCCCUGAAAUUGAAGGUUUGUUCCGGUACUGUGGAACAGCCCUUUACUCCGGUUCACUUCCUUGGAUAUAGUUUCUUUUAGGCCCAUAAUGUAAUGUGUGUCAACAUGUGGAAUAGAAGGGAAAAAAGAAGAUAAAUUAUCCAACUCAAAAGGGUAUGGUAUGAGCUAUGAUGGCACCAAUUGUGAACUGAAGAAGUCGUGUUUUCUUUCAGUUUACGAGUUUACGGAAUGAUUAUACGAAAGCUGAAACGUUUGAGAGCUAUUGGCCUU